UCUCAUCUAGUGUGGACGCUCUGCUAAAAUUUGCGCCAAAUUUUGAUAAUUAUAACAUUGAAACACUGUAAGCCAAAAAAUAUACUUCAAAAUGCGAUUAAUAAAAAUAUAUCUACGAUAUUACCCACCAGGCAUUGCCCUCAACUAUAAGAAAAGAGAUGUCGAAGAAACCAAAAUAAUUGAUCUGUUAGAUCUUACUCCUAGCUGCGACCUCCAGGUGCUAACGAAACAAAUUGCCACAACCGAACCGUUAAUAACGCAGGAAAUCUUCCCACAACUGAUAGAGAUUCUUGAAAAACUUCAGAAGAAACUUAAAGAACCUGUAAAGACAAAAUUCUACCUCUUCAAAACCCUACAAACGCACAUCCUUCCACUGACGAACGUGUCCUUCGACAAAUCUGGAAAAAAGUGUAUCACUGGUUCUUAUGAUCGAACCUGCCGCAUAUGGAACGUAGAAAGCGGUGACGAGGAAAAGGUAUUGAAAGGACACGAUAAUGUAGUGUUUUCCGUUGCGUACAACUCUCCCACAUGUGACCGUAUUCUCACCGGAUCUUUCGAUAAGACAGCCAAAAUCUGGAAUCCUACCUCGGGUAACUGUUUGAACACUCUUUGGGGUCAUACGGCUGAAAUUGUUGCAGCCGAGUUCAAUCCGAAUCAAGGCGAACAAGUAGUCACGUGCAGUAUGGAUAACACGGCACGCGUAUUUUACUCCGAGACUGGUCAGGAAGUACACCUAUUCGGCGAUCAUAACGCAGAGGUAGUAUCUGCACGCUUUAGUAAGGAUGGGAACUUGUUACUGACUGCGUCAUUCGACGAAACUGCCAUUGUCUGGGAUAUGCGAAUGAAAGAACAUGCCACCGUCAUCAGAGGACACGAAGCUGAGUUGAGUAAUGCAAUUUGGAACUUCCAGUGCUCAUCCAUAGCCACAAGUUCACUUGAUAAAACAGCGAAACUUUGGGACGUUCGAAAACUCAAGAGCUGUCAAGCGGUGGCAAAUCACAAAGACGAGGUUCUAGAUGUGACAUUCAAUUUUACCGGAACCCGUCUCGCCACAGCAAGUGCCGAUUGCACCGCUAAAGUGUGGGAUGUCACCGGGAGUUUCGAGCUGGUCACAAUAAUGGCUGGUCACACUGACGAAGUGUCAAAAGUCUCGUUCAGUCCACCGGGUGGGUUGCUGCUAACGGCUUCAGCUGACAAAACCGCUCGAAUAUGGAACUCUGGAACAGGCAUUUGUUCGCAAACGUUAGGCGGGCACGAUGGCGAGGUGUUUUCAUGCUCUUUCAACUAUUGCGGAGAUGCCAUCAUUACCGCGUCCAAAGACAACACUUGUAAGAUAUGGAGAUGAUACGACUGGUUUUCCGGGCAAGCAUUUAAACCGACAGCGAAAUCAAAGAAAUGUGAUGUAGUAUAUAGUACCAGACAAGCUGAACAUUGGACCAAAUAUAUGCUUAGAUAUUAAUUGUAUGACAUUCGAAAGCUUUCUAAUGUAUAAUGUUUUCAAUAUGAACGAUAUGAAUGCUAAAGUGCUGGCUCUUAAGCUUUUAUCGGAUCUUGAUUUCGCACAAUUUGUUUUCCAAAAUAAAAUGUUAACUUCUCAUAAAGGUAGACGUGGUCCAAUUCAUUCAGCCUCUUUACGCAAAGCCGAAUUUCGCUGGAACCGCCAGAAAAUAAUCAAUCAAUUUGAAAGAAAGCUUUACUGAUUAAAAAAAUAUUAUUGCGCCAAAAGUGUAUUAAACUCAUCGAUUCGCCAGUGAAACGCUAACAAAAGGAAACCAAUCUAAAAACAUUGUAAAUAACAGUCGCUGAAAAGAAGCUUGUAUGCCAUUUUUUUACGUUGAGAUAAUAAUUGGGCAUUCAGUUGGAUAUGGCUCAAAAUAGGCUAGUGUGAUUAUUGCUGGAAAUAAGCAAAAUUAGCGACAAUAUUUCGAGCGCUAUCCCAUUGAAAAUUGACGUCCAUCUCGCGCAUGAAAGGUGUGUAAAACUAACGGCCUAUUUAAAGGCUAUUGUUGUAUCAGCACCAAGUGCGCUACUCAGUUUUACUUAAUUCACAGAUGACCACAUAGAGAUUUGAAAAUAGCCGAUAAGUUUCAGUUGACAUCUAAUUGGGAUAUGCUAAAAUUAAGUUAUUAGUUGGUAUCUAGUUGGAAUAUGCUAAACAUUGUUCAGCCGAAAAAGAUCUUAGUGAAAUGUCAAGACAUAAAAGAAAAUAAAAAAAUACAUACAAAUACAAUACCACAAAGAACAGACGUCCAUCUCUAGCGUAAAAGUUGUGCAAAAAUGAACAGUGUAUAAAGAAGUAGUUGAGAUAUCUCCACCAGGUGCGCUACUGUGCGUAUGACUGAAUUGACAGCUGAUCACAUAGAGAUUUCAAAGUGGCCGCCAUAGUAAUUCCCCUAGUUGGGAUCAGCUAGCAUGGCGACGCUAGUAUUUUAAUGUAUAUUCGUGCAAAUGUUUACACAAGCAUUUUGAAUGUAUAAAGUAAUGCAUUUUUUAAUAUAUGUUCGAGUAUGGAUGUCUGUUAUCUGUGACGAUACUGCACAGAUUUAUCA